CGUUAUCACUAAUUAGAAUGUUAAAAUUAAUUUUUUUUUAUUUUUAUAUUUUUGUUGAUAAAAUCGACGACAUUAUGAUAAAUUGAUCUAUAUGUUUCAAUUUAAUAACUAUAAGAUGUCAAUAUGAUUUUUUAAAAUAUAAAAAAUAGUAUUCUAAACAUAGUUAAGUACAUUAGGUAAUAACAUGUAAUUAGCCGGUUCAAACCUAUUUCCAAACCCCCCUACGUCGAGAUUUCAGAGUUUGCAGGAAAUAAAUACAUACACAUAUAGGUGAGUUCAAUAGUAGUAAUUUCAGUGUGUGCAGUCAGCAGAUGCAUAUAUAGCCGGCGGAGUCCAAUACUAGUAAUGAUCGGUUGGUGAAGGUUUUGAAUGCCGGGAAGAGUUCUACAUUUACUCCCCCACGCCAUGGCCCUCGGCCAGACCACAAAGCGUCGCUGUUCCUUCUCCAACUCGGCAAUGUUGUCUGCAGGCCAGUUUAGAUGUCCUCGCAAGGUUCAACUUCAUAGCUCGUAGAACUCUUAUUCUUCUUCUUCUUCUUCCUCUGUCAUGGACGAGGUGGACGUGAGGUGCCUCGAAUGCAGGAAAUGGAAGCAGCACUACUACUGGAAUCAUUUUGAAGCCACAAAGAGGAGUUUCUUCAAGGUUCUGAUUGCUGAUUUCUCAAGAAAACUCAGCAUCCCCAGGAAGUUUGUGCUGCACUUCAAGGACUUACCGAAGGAUGCAAAGCUGAAAGGGCCAAGCGGAAACCUAUGGAACGUCAAGCUGAAGAGAAGCGGUGACGAUGUUGCUUUCACGGGUGGGUGGAGUAAGUUUGCAGAAGACCAUCUGCUGGAGCUAGGGGACUUCCUCGUCUUCAGAUACAUCGGCGAUUCAUGUUUCAAGGUGUUGGUCUUCGACAAGACUGCCUGCGAGAAGGAGCACUCGUACUUUAUAGGAGAGAAGACAGCUGCAGAGGUUGGCGACGCAUGCCCUUCACGGGGCAGCAAGCACAAGUCCGUAGAACCACCGUUGGAAGACGAUCAGAAGUGCAGCGACGGCGAGUCGGCCAAUGCAGCAGCAGAGCAUGCUUCGGACCGCAACCCCAUCAUGUCUGCAGGCAAGGAAUGCUCGUUUAGGCGAUCAUUAAUCAGACAACAGCCACGACGCAGGAGUUGUAGGAGGAGAACAUCGGAAUCUCCUGCAGAACAUCACAUCGAUAACUCGAAUCCUCAGUAUGAUAUCUUAAUUCCUGCGACAUUAGAUGUGCUUUUCUUGAAAUGUUGCAGAUGACGUGAAGCAUGAGCACGAGAAAGGAAACGUAGAAGAGAACAUGACAAAGAUGAGAUCAAGUUCAUCGUCCAUCAACCCUACCAGGAGACCUGCCACUGCGGAGGAGAAACAAAGAGCUCUGAGUCUCGCCCGUUCAAUGAAAACAGCACAUCCAUCAUUUAUAGCAGAGCUGAGGCAAAGUAAUGUCAGCCAAAGUUAUGUUCUGGUGAGUUCAUCGUUCCCACGCCAUUGCUUCAAGCCAUAUGGAGAAACAAUCAAGCUGUCGUUGCAUGCAACUUGUGCAGGUUAUCCCACAUGGAUUUGCAGUACAAAACAUGCCUGGAUGCGAUCAAAGCGUCCUCCUCCGUCUGCCCAGUGGUGGAACCUGGCAAGUCAACUAUAUUGUGCAUUACAAGGCAACUAAGUUCGGCUCAGGAUGGAGGCAGUUCGUAGUGGAUAAUGAACUGGAAAAGGAUGAUGUGUGUCUCUUUGAGAUCAUCAGGGCAAAGAACUACGACUUCGUCUUGGAGGUCAACAUCUUUCGAGCAGUAACGCCGGCCAUCGUGCUGCCGACCGAGCUCUCGACUGAAGGAAAGGGUAACACAAAAGGCCGUGAUCCGAUCGAGGUGGUGGCACGUCGAUAGCAGAGAUGUUGCUGCUGCUGCUUUUGUUGCACUCUUUUGCUGCAGAAGGAUAUGUUAUUAGGUGGUUUUAUGUUGCGGACUGAGCUUCUUGUGAUGGAGAAGUUUUAUAUUGUGUGCUUUGCUACCUUAGAAUGAACCAUGGCGCAACGUUGACCAAUUCAACACGUCCCGACAAAAGGUUAAGGACCUGGUCAACGCCCGAAAGGAAUGGGGGUGGACCGGCGGCGAGGCGAAGGCUCCGUUCCGUCACCCUCGCUACGGCCUCGCGUGUUCCCCGCGACGUUCCCUCCGUUCUGCUCUGUCGUCCCUCGCGCCCCCCCCCACCCCGUUCUCCUU